GCGUCCCACAAUCCUCUGCUCUCGGUUCCUCUUGCCUUGUUCAAGAUGGCGCGGCUCGCGAUACGUUCCUGGCGCUGGGCAGCCGCGGCGGCUGCUUUCGAAAAGCGGCAGCACGCCGCGCUUCUGAUACGGCCUCUAGUCUCUGUCCGCGGCCCAGGUCCGCAGUGGAGGUCACGUUUGCUCGGCGCCUCCGGAACCGCUCGAAUCUCCCAGAUCCCAAAGUCAUUAAGACAUACCAAAUGGCAGAGACUGGGAAAAGGCAAUUCAACACAGUUAUUAGAUCCUGCAGGGGCUCUCCAGGCAUGGCCACUGAAAGAAAAGAGGACAUGUUGGCAUGGUCAUGCAGGAGGAGGACUCCACACAGACCCAAAAGAAGGGUUAAAAGAUGUUGAUACUCGGAAAAUCAUAAAAGCAAUGCUUUCUUAUGUGUGGCCCGAAGACAGGCCAGAUCUACGAGCUAGGGUUGCUAUUUCCCUGGGAUUUUUAGGUGGUGCAAAGGCCAUGAAUAUUGUGGUUCCCUUCAUGUUUAAAUAUGCUGUAGACAGCCUCAACCAGAUGUCGGGAAACAUGCUGAACCUGAGUGAUGCACCAAAUACAGUUGCAACCAUGGCAACAGCAGUUCUGAUUGGCUAUGGUUUGUCAAGAGCCGGAGCUGCCUUUUUUAAUGAAGUUCGAAAUGCAGUAUUUGGCAAGGUAGCCCAAAAUUCAAUCCGAAGGAUAGCCAAAAAUGUCUUUCUCCAUCUUCACAACCUGGAUCUGGCUUUCCAUCUGAGCAGACAGACAGGAGCUUUAUCGAAGGCUAUUGACAGAGGGACAAGGGGUAUCAGUUUUGUUUUGAGUGCUUUAGUAUUUAAUCUUAUUCCCAUCAUGUUUGAGGUGACUCUUGUCAGUGGUAUUUUGUAUUACAGAUGUGGUGCCCAGUUUGCAUUGGUAACUCUUGGGACGCUAGGUGCAUACACAGCAUUCACAGUUGCUAUCACACGAUGGAGAACUAGAUUUAGAAUAGAAAUGAACAAAGCAGAUAAUGAUGCAGGUAAUGCUGCCAUAGACUCACUGCUGAAUUAUGAAACUGUGAAGUAUUUUAAUAAUGAAAACUAUGAAGCACAGAGAUAUGAUGGCUUUUUGAAGACAUAUGAGAAUGCUUCACUGAAAAGUACCUCUACUCUUGCUAUGCUGAACUUUGGUCAAAGUGCUAUUUUCAGUGUUGGUUUAACAACUAUAAUGGUGCUCGCCAGUCAGGGAAUUGUGGCAGGUACCCUUACUGUUGGAGAUCUAGUAAUGGUGAAUGGACUGCUUUUUCAGCUUUCAUUACCCCUUAAUUUUCUGGGAACUGUAUAUAGAGAAACUAGACAAGCACUCAUAGAUAUGAAUACCUUGUUUACUCUACUUAAGGUAGACACCCGAAUUAAAGACAAAGUGAUGGCACCUCCCCUUCAGAUCACACCACAGACAGCUACGGUGGCCUUUGAUAAUGUGCAUUUUGAAUACACUGAGGGGCAGAAAGUCCUUAGUGGAGUAUCUUUUGAAGUCCCUGCAGGAAAGAAAGUGGCCAUUGUAGGAGGUAGUGGGUCAGGGAAAAGCACAAUAGUAAGGCUGUUGUUUCGCUUCUAUGAGCCGCAAAGGGGUAACAUUUACCUUGCUGGGCAAAAUAUACAAGAUGUAAGCCUGGAAAGUCUUCGGAGAGCAGUGGGAGUGGUACCUCAGGAUGCUGUCCUCUUCCAUAAUACCAUUUACUACAACCUCUUAUAUGGAAACAUCAGUGCUUUACCUGAGGAAGUGUUUGCAGUGGCAAAAUUAGCUGGACUCCAUGACGCAAUUCUUCGAAUGCCACACGGAUAUGACACCCAAGUAGGGGAACGAGGACUUAAGCUUUCAGGUGGAGAAAAACAAAGAGUAGCAAUUGCAAGAGCCAUUUUGAAGGACCCCCCAGUCAUUCUCUAUGAUGAAGCCACUUCAUCAUUAGAUUCAAUUACUGAAGAGACUAUUCUCACAGCCAUGAGGGAUGCAGUCAAACACAGAACUUCUAUUUUCAUUGCACAUAGAUUGUCAACAGUGGUUGAUGCAGAUGAAAUCAUUGUCUUGGACCAGGGUAAGAUAGCUGAACGUGGUACCCACCAUAGUUUGCUUGCUAACUCUGGCAGUGUCUAUUCAGAAAUGUGGCAUACACAGAGCAGCCGUGUGCAGAACCAUGAAGACCCCAAAUGGGACGCAAAGAAAGAAAAUGCAGCCAAAGAAGAGGAAAGGAAGAAACUACACGAAGAAAUUAUCAACAGUGUGAAAGGCUGUGGAAACUGUUCAUGCUAGUCAUAUUAGACAUUUUCUGUUCUUUCUUUUUUUUUAACUGCACAUUUUCACUGAAGCAGAAUUGUUUUAUUUAAAAAAAUACAUUCCCAUUUCCAAUAAUCCUUCUUUUUGAUAAGAUUUAUUUGAAAGGGGAUUUGAGUUUUAUAUCUUUCACAGUCUUUUUGAUGUAUCUAUAUUCAUCUCCAAAUUACUUUCUUGUUAACUGCCUAAGGUGUACUCAAAGCAUAAAUUUCAUUACUAUUUAACUUUAUCCCAUUUCCAUUUUUGAGGCCUGAUACCUAUUUGAUAUCCACAACCAGGUGAAUCAGAUUGUAGUUUUUAGAACCUCUUUUAUGUUGACAAUUUAGCAAGUGUCUGUUUCUUAAAAGUAAAAAAAAGGACAACGUAGGUUCAUUGUUUCUCCUUCCUUUCCCCCACUGAAAUACUUCAAUAAUAGGUACCUAUACUUCUAAAAGUUUUUGCCACUGUAUUAUCUUUUGAAGGAAAAACUUUAAUCCUCAUGUUAUGUAGAAUGUUCUUCAUCAUUAACCAGCAUUAUAACUAUCAUCUACCAGUGGGAAUUUUAUUUUUCCACCAAAAUGAGAUGUUACUUUUGUUUUGGAGCAAAAUUUAACCAUUUCUCUUUAAAGACUUACAAACCCUCAUGUAAUUUGAGAGUUGCCAUACUGGGUGUGAUCUAAAAAGCUUAGGAAGUUAAUUGCCUUCUCAAUUUCCAUCUUAACUGCACUGCUUUUACUACCUGAAGUUAUACAAAGAAACAACUAAAUGGAAUGUGUGCAUGCAUGCAUGUGUGUGUGCAGACAUUCACACAUGUGUGUAAGUCAUUAUCCACUUAAACUUAUUAGUGACCUUUAGGUAAAUGGCAGGGAGGAAUAUGUAUAUAUAUUCUUUAUAUGAACAGGAUUCUAAUCUGUGUUGACACUUCAGAAUUACAAGGUCUCUACUUCUUUUUCAGUAUUUUAAUGAGUUCCUUUAAGUUUGACAUAACAGGGAGGAACCCAAACAAAAUAGCCAAGUUUUACUUGCUAGAAAAAAAAUUAAUAAAAUGUUGGUAUAUAUUUACUUAGAAAGCUCUUCUUUUUCUCAAUUUGAAUAGCUUUUCUUUGUGAAGAAACUAUUUUCUUUUCAUAGGAUUGGAGGUGGGUUCUAGACUUUGGGUCAUUGUGGUCAUUAACCAGUAUUUUCAGAUAAUAAAAACUUAAAUUACCUGAAAA